CCCACACCAUGACAACGUCGCUGCUCGGGUCAAAGGGAAGAUGAAGUGGUCCGUCGCAGUGCUUGUCGGAAGCGCCAGCCUCGCGGGAGCGCUGGCGGGCGAGAGUUACCCAAGAUACCCGUUCUUGCCGCCGUUCGAAGGCCCGACGAGCACUGACCUCAAUGCGUCGUGCGCGGCAUUGGCUCAGUCGAUUCCUUCCACGGUCAAGGCACACCACAACCUCGAGCUCGCGGACAUCAUCACACGACUGUAUGCAGACGGCGAGAACCCAUCCACGAAGGAACUGUUCCAGGACAUCCCCACGACAGCGUUCAGAGGCAAUGAAGAGAGCCUCGCUUCGAUCAUCUCGAGCGCCGGUGACUGGGACCGCAAGUCAGUCAUGGGCGAUCAAGGUUACGGAGAGGCCGACGAGGUGCAAAGAGAGCAGGGCGGCUUGCCUGCGUUCUGUCGUUUUGGUGCCAGCAUCGUAACGAGCGACGAUAGCAAGACGUUCUUCGAGGUCUGGCUUCCUCUUCCGGGGCAAGCACCCACAAACACGACAGCUGCUGGAAGCAGCAACCAGACGACAUCCGCAACAGCCGCGACGCGCCGAUCUGGCGGUGACGGCAACGGCACGGAUGAAGAGCGAGAGCCAGCCCAGCAGCAAGUUCUUCCAGCGCCGCGAGACAACUGGCGCGGCCGCCUUCUCUUCUCCGGCAAUGGCGGCCAGCGGGGCGCUGUCUCGUACCCCGAUAUGAAGCAGGCCCUCACCCGCUAUCGCGAGGCUGCAGCAGGCACCAACGGCGGCCAUUUCGGCACCGGAAGCGGCACCAAUUGGACCAUCGGACACUACCAGAGCCAGGUCGACUUUGGUCACCGAGGCGUGCACGUCUCCACCAUUGUCGCUCAGCAGGUCGUCAAGCACUUCUACGGUGUUGCGGCAAGGGAAGGUCGCCAGCAAAAACACGGGUUUGGCUCCUACUGGCGAGGAUGCUCGACGGGCGGUAGGCAGGGCUUUGCAGAGGCGCAACGGUACCCUCGCGACUACGAUGCCAUCCUCGCAGGUUCACCUGCCAUCUCCUAUAACUACCUGAACGCGAUUCAGAUCCACGUCAACUUCCUGCAGUCAGACAAGAAUUCUUCGAGGUACAUCCCGGAGAGCCUUUACCCCGUCAUCCAUCGCGCCAUUAUUGGUGCAUGCGACCUGCAGGAUGGCAUUCAGGACAACGUUCUGGAAGAUCCUACGAGGUGCAAGGUCAACUUCGACUUGCUGCUUGGCUGUGCGUCGCUCAACCGGACCGACCACUGCUUGAGUGCCGAUCAGCUUGCGAACCUGCGCGACAUCUACACGGCGCUGCGCUACCCCAACGGCGACCUGAUCCACGACUCUGUUCUGCCUGGAUCUGAAGAGUCGUGGACGGUGACAGACGGUGUUGUCGGCACGCCGUUUCCGCCUGCUCCGGGCUGGUAUCAGUACCAGGUCCUGAACCUGACGGGCACACCGGACUCCUUCGACUACAACAAAGUGGUCGAAGGUAACUUUUCCCUCAUCGCCCAAGGCCAGGAUCAAGACCCAGGCGGAACCAACACCGACAACCCGAACCUGUCUCCCUUCCUUGAGGAGCACGGCGGCAAGAUCAUCCACUACCAUGGCCUCGCCGAUCAGCUCAUCCCCUCCGGUAGCUCUAUCCGCUACUACAAUGAGGUGCAGAACCACAUGGGCUACUACGAUCUCGACGCCUACCGCCUCUUCCGCAUCCCCGGCAUGGCACACUGCCGUGGCGGCGAUGGCGCCUGGAACUUUGGAGGGGCCUCGCAGACCUCUGACGUCGGCUCUCGCCCGCUCAAAUUCGAUGCCGAGCACGACGCCUACCUGGCGCUGGCCAAGUGGGCUGAGGAGGGAAUCGCACCCACGCACCUUAUUGGUGCCGCGUACAAGGACAAUCCAGACGAGAAGCCGACGGACCUCGGCACAUCGAGUGACAAGCGGCCGUACAGCAAUGGCGUCAAGUUCACCCAUCGCCUUUGUCCAUACCCAAAGGUGGCAAAGCUCAACGAGAAUGCGCAAGAUCCAUACGAUGCCAACGACUCGUACUGUCGCGGGGAGCACUACGCUGCUUCUUAGAAAAGGAGAAUUGAUUUGAACAUUAUCUAUAGCAUUGUUUGUUGCACUUGCUCUGGUAUCGAAGCAAUGAGAAAUUCUAGCCGCUC